AUGCCGUGGGAGGGGGAGACAGUCAGUGGCGUGUUGGCAAGCGCGCAGGCGUGCAGGUGGGCAGGCGGCGUGGCAUGCGGACAGGCGGGUGGCGCGGCGCGCUGGCUGGCGGGCGGCGCGGCGCGCUGGCUGGCGGGCGGGCGGCACGGUGCACUGGCAUGGCGCGCUGGCGUGCGCGCCGGCGUAGCGCGCUGGCGUGCGUGCUGGCGAGCGCGCUGGCGUGACGCGCUGGCGGGCGCGCUGGCUGACGCGCUGGCGUGCGCGCUGGCGAGGCGCGCUGGCGUGCGCGCUGGCGUGACGCGCUGGCGGGCGCGCUGGCGGGGCGCGCUGGCGUGCGCGCUGGCGGGCCUGCUGGCUAGGGCGCUGGCGGGCCUAAUGGCUAGGGCGCUGGCGGGCCUGCUGGCUAGGGCGCUGGCGGGCCUGCUGGCUAAGGCGCUGGCGGGCUUGCUGGCUAGGGCACUAGCGGGCCUGCUAGCAAAGGCGCUGGCGGGCCUGCUGGCUAGGGCGCUGGCGGGCCUGCUGGCUAGGGCGCUGGCGGGCCUGCUGGCUAGGGCGCUGGCAGGCCUGCUGGCUAGCGUACUACGGGCAGACGGGGGGGGGGGGGGGGGUUCACGCCAAGGCUAG